AGAGCGAGCGAGAGAGAGAAAGAGAGAGAGAGAGAGAGAGAGAGGUAACCGGGGAUCCAUGGAGCAUAUCACAGCACUAGAGUUAUCUAUGUCUUCUUGUCCACGAUGCACUUUAGAAUUUCAAUAAGAUGCGUGUGUGUUUCCAGAUAAUCAGUUUCCUCUUCGCCUUAAACUUUUACUGCCAGCCGCUCCGAGCUCAGGAUCCCUCCUGUUGCCACCAUGCUGCCGUGUUUUCGUCUUGUAAAGAAGCUUGUGACCAGCUCGCCACUAUAAAGAGUGAGUCUCGCCUGAAGCAUCUCCUCCAGAGAUUACCGAGUUACUGCCCAGAGUCUAUGAAUGAACUGUGGAUGUGCAUCAACUCUACACUUCCAGGAGUAUCCAGAAAGUCAGAUGGCUGGGUGGGGCUGGGCUGCUGUGAGCUGGCUAUCUCUGCUGAGUGUCGCAGGGAAUGCAGACAGGCAUCAUCGAAAAAUGAUAUAACAAAAGUAUGCAAAAAAGUCACAGAGAAUUCCCUCUACAGCUGCAUCACCAAAAAUGAAAUGGGCUCCACAUGUUGCAGCUAUGCAGGACGUCACACCACCUGUAGGGAGUACUGCCAGGCCAUCUUCAGGACCGACUCAACGCCCACUGUGUCUCAGAUCAACGCUGUCAAAGAGUAUUGUCAGAGUCACAGCGCUCAGCUGCUCAGCUGUGUCAGCAACUUCACCAAGUCUUACCCCAUACGCAGCCCUAUAGACAGUCUGUACUGCUGUGACCGGGCAGAGGCUACCCACUGUCAGGUAGCUUGCCGGAGAAUUCUUCGCACCAUGAGCACAGAGCAUGAGAUCAUGGAGGGUUUGAUCGAGGAGUGUGGCUCCCAACCCCUCCCUCAGGAACCCAUGUGGCAGUGCUUUCUGGGCAGCGCCCACCCUCCUGCCCCACCAGAGGAGGAGACCCCCCAUCCCGCCAAGAUGGACUGUGCCAAACUCCACUGCUGCUCCAAGGCCAACACCUCACUCUGCCGGGAUAUGUGUCAAGAGAUCAGCACUAACUGGGGCAGCCAGACGUGGCAGGAUUUCGACCAGCUGUGUGAGUACAACCUGGUGGAGACAGAGCUCAUCAACUGCCUGGCUGAUGUCAGAGAACCCUGCCAACUGGGCUGCAAGGACCUCACCUACUGCACCAACUUCAACAACAGGCCGACAGAGCUGUUCCGCAGCUGUAACGUCCAGUCAGACCAGGGUGCCAUGAACGACAUCAAGCUGUGGUCCAAUGGAACAAUCAAGAUGCCGUUCAUGAACAUCCCAGUGCUGGACAUCAGGAAGUGUCUACCGGACAAGUGGAAGGCUGUAGCGUGUUCCCUGCAGAUCAAACCCUGCCACAGCAAGUUCAGAGGGAGUGUCAUAUGCAAGUCAGAUUGUGUGGAAAUCCUGACACAGUGUGGGGACAGGAAACGUUUCCAUGAAGGACAAACACCAGAGAGGAUCUGUGAACUGCUCUCGCCCAUUGAUGACCCAGAACGUUGCAUCCCCCUCCACAGAUACCUCACCCCCAGUUCCCUAGGAACCAAAAUCGUUGAGGAGGUCAUCCAUCCAUGCAACCCCAACCCCUGCCCCAGUAACCACUUAUGCCAGGUCAACAGGAAGGGCUGCCUUGAUGAACUCAACUGUCAGCCAUACAUCUGCAUACCAGGCUGUAAACUGGGUGAGGCCUCUGAGUUUCUGGUGCAGCAGGACGCUCGUAUCCAGGUGCCGACUCGCACUGGUCCAGCUGGAUGCUAUGAGGUGUGCAGCUGUGGUCCAAGUGGGCGUCUGGAGAACUGUGUGGAGAUGCCUUGUUUGGACACUAACAAGCCUUGCAUCGUAGGAGGACAGAGGAAGAGCCAUGGGACAUCUUUCAGGAUUGACUGCCACACUUGUUCCUGCUUCGGUGGUAACACCAUCUGCUCCACCAGAGAAUGUCUCAGCUUUGGCAACACAGAUGAGGCCCGACGACCAUUUACUGGUCUUCCCUGUAGUUGUCCAGACCGCUUCAUCCCAGUGUGUGCCUCUAAUGGGCGGACCUAUCCCAGUGCCUGUGUGGCUCGCUGUAUGGGAUUCAAGGACCAUCAGUUUGUCUUUGGCCAGUGCCACCUCAGUAAUCCCUGUGCCAACAAGCCUUGCCAGAGAAACCAGAGGUGCAUCCCAAAGUAUUGUGUGUGUCUGAGUGACUUGUCAGACUGCCCACAGUAUGAGUGUGUUGGCCGGCCAGCAGCAUGUGAUAAGAACAGCGUGGAGCCAGCCUGUGAUACUGACGGCCUGGUCCACCCCAGUCUGUGCCAACUGCAGCAGGCUGGAAAAACUCUGGCUUACAUGGGCCACUGCCAGGAUGCCUGUAGGACACAACAGCUAGUUUGUGGCCAUAACGGUGAGACCUACUACACAGUGUGUGAUGCCUUCUCUGACCGGGUGGCUGUGGACUAUGAGGGACCCUGCCAUACUGUUGGGGCGGUGUCUGACAUGACCCCCGACUCCGCAUGCAGUUUGAUUCCCUGUCCACCUCUGUCCACUCCAGGCUGCCACCCAGUCACACCACCUGGCGCAUGCUGUCCAAUCUGUGCCAGCAUGCUGCAGAUCCUUUGGAACAAAGAGCAGAUGAACACUUUCUCUAAGCUGAAUAAGAACCAGCCAGUGACGGUCCAUGAUGUCCUGCGGAGCCUGCGGCUUCAUGUCUCGGUGCCACAGUGUGACGUCUUUGGCUAUCUGAGCAUUGACCAUGAGCUCGUGGUCCUCAUCGCCCCGGUGGACCAGCAGCCAACACCACUGCAGAUUGAAGCCUGCAGUAAAGAGGCCGAGAAAAUCGAUUCCCUCAUCAACUAUGCCAGCCCCACAUUGGUCUCCCAAGUCCCCCUUUCUGCCUUCCUCACCUCCGAGAUCAAGAUCUCCUCCAUCCACUCCUCCGGGCACCUUCCAGCUUCACCUCUGCCCCCUAGCUUGUGCUUCCUCCUUGGCCUCCUCAUUGCCACAGCCCCUGGCCUCCACCAGGUCUAAAUGCUUAUUAUCCCCUCCCAGCCUCCCCCUCACCAACUGUUGAGUGUUCCAAAGUAUCCCCCCACCCCCUAUCUAAGAUGACAGGGAUGUCAUGAGGUGACUGUGCUUCAGCAGUUGCAGAGCAGGAAGAGGCAGCGAAACCGUCUUUCGACAAUCAUUCCAAUUAACUCACCUGCGUGUCAAACAAUCAAGGCAGUGGAAAGCUAUUAUUAUGGAAAUCUUUUGUAUGAACAGAUGAACAGUAUUAUUCAAUGGAUGAGUUACUCAUUGGUUUUCCCUCCAGUGAAGUGUGUUUUAUUGUGUGCGUGUGUGAAUGUGUGUGACCUUCAAGACUUCAUACCGAUUUGACUUUAUACCAGCAGUGUUUGUCCAUUAGUUCCAGCAGCAAGCUCUCCUCUGAAAGCUGUUAAGUGGGAAUGUAAAUUUCAUGACUCACUCUGUCUUGUUCUGAGGCUUUGCACGUGUGUUUAUGUGUGUGUGUUUGUACACAUGUUUCCAGCUGGAUUUCGGAGACAGACAAGGACAAAACAUCCAUGUCUGGCAGCACAUCCGUCUGACAAAUUACUUGAAAUCCCUUGGCCACACACACUUUCACACGCACUCAAAACAAAAAAAAUGAUUGGUGUUGCUAAAUCCAGACUUCGCUGAUCGUUGAAGUGACACUUUCGAAGCCUCUGGUAAAUGAGAAUUCACAGUUUGUACCACAGUGCACCAUGUAUAUACAUGUGAGGUGUAUAUGGACCUAGUGUUUGAACCUCUAACCUCAGCAGUGUUAGUGCCAUGCUCAUGGACUGAGCCAGCUCAGAUUAAACUAAUCCAGCCUCCAAAGUCACUUGUAACUACUGACCAAACAGAGUACCUGAAAUCUGAGCAGACCAAAAGCCAAUCAAAAGUUCAAAUAUUAACAGAGCCCAGUUUAUGUUGUGUUACACACAGCAGUCUACUAAAGCAUAUCAGAGGUGGAUAAGUGAUCUAGGAUCUAAAAAGAUCUUGGAAAUCAGUUAGAUAACAGUUUUACUUGAUGACAUGAAGCUUUUUUCCAAAACAAACCUGAUAACACUUUUCCCGAUGUGGUGUUCAUAAGAUUUAAAAAAUAUAUUAUACUUACAUCCUGAAUGCAAAAAAAUAAAUUUAAAAACAUAAUGUAUUACUCACACUGUGCAAGAAGUGUAAAAGUAUAAAACUGUCAUAGAGCAACAGUAUAAUUAAAUGCUGUGACAAAGAAGCAGUUUAUAGACCAUACAGUUGUUAUCCUGCAUGGUAGCCCAUUAAGUAGAAGUCAUAUGCUCUUUAAAUUACUUCUUACCUGCUAUUGUUGAAUCUGAUUAUUUCUCCUAAUAAACAAUUCAUCAUUUAAUCUAUAAAAUGUGAGAAAAUAGUGAAAAAUUGUCAUCACCAUUUCCUAGACCAGUGGUUUCCACUAGGUGGUCAGUACCCCCCACAUGAUGGGAAAAACUGGAUAUUUUUAUGUCUUAGGGCAUCUAAAAACUAUUCAAAUGAAAUUAUCUGAGAGGGAACCAUGGCUCUUUGAUUAAACCCUUCACAAAUCAUAGACUUGUGCGACCUGUGACAAGGACUCUUGACUCUUGCUCCCUUUUGCCUGUCCCAGAUCCAUGGUAAGGUCUUUAAAUGUUUUGUAUUGUCCCACUAACAGUUCAAAAGCCAAAGUUUUUGAAUUUACAACAUUAGAUAUCCUCAUAUUUGAGAAGCUGAAGCCAGGGGAUGUUUGGCAACAAUUCUUCAAAGCUGAAGAUCAUCUGCCAGAAUGCACUGAUGAGCCUCAUGUUGUCAGAAAAUCAAUUCCAAAAGACAAAGAUUCUGUCAUUAUGUUUUUUAUUUAUUUGCUUUUUUUUUUUUUAAUGAAAAAGAUUGUCAAAUGAUUCUCAAUUUUUUGAGCAUCCUUGAAUGCAUCAGUAGAGUUAGUCCCUGCUUAUAGCUGCAUAACAACAUGAUAAUGUAAGACAACAUACAUAUGUGUUCAAGGGUUACCCAUCUCAACUUUUUCUUUUUCAACUCUACAAGAGGACUUUAUAGUGCACUGAAAUGAAAUCAAUCAAAUGGCUGUCUGGAAGGGAGGGAACAAUUUGAAAUCUGCCUGUAUGCUUUGGAAAAUGGUCAACAGGGAUGCCAAGUAAGCAGGAUUGGCAUUUAACAGAGUUCUCCACCAAUCCAGUGUUGCACUUCAGUAAAGUAGGAUGACUUGUAAGAGACAUAUUUUUUUUAAAACAGAUUUUUAGCACCUAGUAUUCAAUCCUACAAUUCUCAUAAUGCUACUUGAUUCAGUGUCUUUAAAACGGCACACCUCCAAAUUAUGAAGCAGACUUUUUAUUAAAAAUUAGUAGUCUCUUAACCCAACUUGACACAACCUUAAUGACAUCACCCAUAGCAUUAUUAGGUUUUAUUUUCUCAGAUUUAACAAAGCUCCUCCAGAGCCACAGAAGACAUUAUACAACUGUUUUCAUAGUCUGAGUGAUACUCCCUCUGAUGAGAAAUGAUCUUGAUAUGUACAAAUGGUGGAUUGCCCCUUUAAUGGGCUAGAACAUGCCAGAUUGGUGGUAUGGUCCUUUAAAAUUAGCUUAAUUUCUGCAUAUUAGCUCAAAUAUCAUAUUAUAUUAUAGUAUGUCUUUGUUUGUACAGGAUUAGAAUCUGCAGCAAAGGCAUCACAGGUACACAUGUACUGGAGCAUCUUAUGAGCACCACUUAUAUUAAAGCGCUAUCAGCUAUCAACAUUUCCCAACAGCAGGUGAAUGGUCUAUUAUCAUAUAAAGCAGUGGAAAAGCCUGGAUCAUCUCUCCCUUUGUGUUAGGCCAGUAGCUCUGAAAAGUAUUAAAAGGGAUGCUUCCUCUCUGUACAUAUGAACUAGAAGCCAUCUAAUAACAAAAGGACAAUCAGCUAGUCACUACCCACAAUCACCGUUGGGUAGAGAAGAUUUUCCACAGUAUGCCUUGCAUAUAGUGUCUUAUAUGAAGGAAUAAUAAAAAUGCAAUAACUUUAUAUUUGUUAAGAAAUGUCUCUAUAUUUGAUAUGUAUCUGAUAAUGGAUUGAGAUAAUAAUAACCUAUGUGCCAUGUUUUUUAAACAAAUAGUUGCUAUCCUUUAUUGCAUGAUGACAAUUAUGACGUGUUUUUACUCCAGAAUGUACUACAAUAUGUUUUGUCCCGUGUCUGUGUUUGUCCAUCUGCCUGUACAGCACAAUGUGUCCCAUUGUCUAACAGUAUUACUGUGCAAGGCAGCUCUGUAGCAGGGAACCCUCACCACGGCUCCUCCAUUUGUUAUGUGUAUUAUUAUUAUUUUUAUUAUUAUUAAUAUUAUUAUCAUUAUUAAUAUAUAUAUUGUUAUGUUUAUAUCCUCUGGAGCCAACAAGGAUUUGGGUACUUUUUUAUGUUUUCAGUGUUCAAUUUGAUUUCAUGUCACAUUAGGGGAAUGAAAAUUAAAGAUGGAAGAGUUCACACAUUCAAACUUA